GACGUUGUGUGCAUCGUCAGUGUGUGUGUGUGUGUGUGUGUGUGUGUGCGCGCGCGUGCAGUCGGGGAGUGAGGGGUGUAUCCUAGCGGGGAGCUUUUCCGUGUUGUAGUAACCAACCGGCUGCCAGCCACUACUUCACUGCAGCAGCAAUCAGCCCUUUCGUCCUGAGCGAGACAGACACACUAACCUGCCUGUCCCCUCCUCUUUUCCCUCUCUCUCCCCCUCUCUGCAUAUUCAGCAGAGCUGCCCUCCUCUCCUCCUCAUCACUCUGCCACUCCUGCGGCGUUGCUCUUUGCUUGAAGGGGACACUGGCCUGCUCCUCACCCACUGAUUCUGCAUGACUGUCACAAAGAUGUCAUGGCGUCCGACCUACCGAAGCUCCAAGUUUCGAAAUGUCUACGGAAAGGUGGGCAACCGGGAGCACUGCUUCGACGGCUUCCCCAUCACCAAGAACGUCCAUGACAACCACUUCUGCGCCGUCAACUCCAAGUUCCUGGCAGUCGUCACCGAGAGUGCCGGCGGAGGCGCUUUCAUUGUGAUACCUGUAUCCCAGUCUGGUCGGCUGGACUCUCAUUACCCAAAGGUGUGCGGCCACCAAGGCAAUGUGCUGGAUAUCAAGUGGAAUCCCUUCUUUGAAAACGUCAUAGCGUCCUGCUCGGAGGACACCUCGGUGCGAGUAUGGGAGAUCCCAGAGGGCGGUCUGAGACGCAACAUGACGGAGGCGGUGCUGGAGCUGUACGGCCACAGCAGACGGGUGGGUGUGAUCGAGUGGCACCCCACCAGCAGCGGCAUCCUCUUCAGCGCUGGCUACGACUACAAGAUCCUGAUCUGGAACCUGGAGAUCGGAGAGCCGGUGAAAAUGAUCGACUGCCACACGGACGUCAUCCUCAGCAUGUCCUUCAACACCGACGGCAGCCUGCUGGCCACCAGCUGCAAAGACAAGAAGCUGCGUGUCAUUGAGCCGCGCUCCGGGGCCGUCCUUCAGGAAGCCAGUUGCAAGAACCAUCGCGUGAACCGAGUGCUGUUCCUGGGCAACAUGAAGCGACUGCUCACCACGGGGGUUUCACGCUGGAACACCCGGCAGAUCGCUCUCUGGGAUCAGGAGGAUUUGUCCAUGCCAAUUGUGGAGGAAGACAUCGACGGCCUCUCCGGAUUGUUGUUUCCCUUCUACGACGCCGACACUCACAUGUUGUACCUGGCGGGCAAGGGGGACGGCAACAUCCGUUACUUUGAGAUCACCACGGAGAAGCCGUACUUCCAAUACCUGACGGAGUUCCGGUCCCCGGCCCCACAGAAAGGCCUCGGUGUGAUGCCGAAGCACGGGCUGGAUGUGGGCGCGUGUGAGGUGUUCCGCUUCUACAAGCUCGUCACGCUGAAGGGUUUGAUCGAGCCCAUUUCCAUGAUCGUCCCGAGAAAGUCAGACACGUACCAGGAUGACAUCUACCCCAUGACUGCCGGAACAGAACCCGCGCUGUCAGCAAGCGAAUGGCUGAGCGGCAUGAAUAGAGACCCAGUCUUAAUAUCCCUGAAGGAGGGGUACCAGCGACCGAACCAGUUAGUGUUCAAGGCCCCAGUGAAGGAAAAGAAGAGCAUGGUGGUGAACGGGAUCGACCUGCUGGAGAACGUCCCCCCCAGGACAGAGAACGAGCUCCUGCGGAUGUUCUUCCGGCAGCAGGAUGAACUGCGGCGGCUAAAGGAGGAGCUGUCCACCAAGGACGUGCGAAUACGCCAGCUGGAGCUGGAGCUCAACAACCUGAAGAACGUUAGCCCCAACAACGUCUGACCUCUCUCAGCCUCCUGGACUGGCAAAGCUGCUUUCCUUUGCCCCUCCCCCCCUCAAUUCUGACCUCCGACAAGCUUCUGAGCCCUCCUAUGCCUCUUUUUUGAGAUAUCAAAACUUCAUCCCUGCUGCUCUGCAUAGUGGAAACAAUAAUAUGAUAAGUGUUGGAUCAUGUUUUAACUGGUGCAGUUACUGGAAUAGUGUAAUAAUGACAAGUAUGAUGAGUAAUGGAGACACGGCAACGUUCAUGGAUCGAACAUGAAAUCGAUGGCAUGAAAGAUUUAAAAUCCAUUUGGGUAAUAUUACUCUUGAUGGAGCACACUCACACGUGUUCUGAUCAGUUAUUGCAUAGAUUCUGCCAGAGGUUGUCUCACUGUGCCUACCCCAUCAUUCACGUGGGAAUACCUUGAGCCCUCCUCUCCUCCUGUAAAGACCAAACCAUCAUCUAAUCCUCUUCAUUUUUUAUUUUAUUUUUUUAUAAAAAGGCCGUCACUGGCUCCUGUGUUCCUUCCACAAGGCCUUAGAACCUGCCGCAGCGAGCGGCAAACGCCGCUUCAAAAACGGCCGACGUGUGAAAUACUUUUGCACCUGAUAGACGAGACGAGCUUUUUGCAGAUAUGGAUCAUGUUUAUUAAUACAGAGCUGCUUAUGCCGCAGCUCCUUCUCUCACCUACAGAUGCUGCUGGUUGUAAUUGGACUUCGCAACACUGGCAUAGCUACCCGGGGGCAGCCUUUCCUCCGAAGGAGAAUGGAUAGUAUAUUCAUUUUAAGUCUUUUAUUCUAUAUUUAAAUAAUAGGAAAGCAGCUUGGGAGACACUGAUCCACUUAUGUAACUAGAAUAAAGUCUCAAGGGAAGCUACGCCAGCUGUUAUUGGAUUUUAGGGCUCAUUUUGAGGAUUGGGGCGUAAUGUACAUUUACUUCUAUUUAUUCGUCGCAUUUUACCUUUUUAGCUAAUAACAUGUACAUUUGUUAAUCCCAUUGUUUUUUUGUAUGAUGCGGCUGCCCAAGUAUUGAUUGUGAUGCUUGAUCGAUUUUUGCUGAAUGUUUCCGAUUGAAAUGGUGCAAGAGUUGUGUGCAACUGUACCGUUGAUGGUAUUAGUUCAUUUGACUCAGAGAAUACAAAUAUAAUCUUGCCUUUU